UCUGUAUAUGCAGCGCUAGCACGUACAAUGACACGGAGUGCAGCGUUAUAUUUUUCUCGACCAGUGCGGCUGUUCAGACCCUCUAAAAUGAGCGGAUGGCAUUCCUUGCGAGGGUUGGCUGCGAAGGAGGGCGCUGUCUUGUCACCUAAGUUUAUUUCGGAACUUGUACGGGCGCAAGGACUCAUAGUGAUCCCCAAACAUUUCAUUCCCCCCCUCGUCGUCAAUGCCUUUCUUGGCACUGUGCUGUGGACGACAUAUGCGGAAGCUUCGAAGGUGCUUGAGCCCCAUAUGAGUACAUAUCCUAUUGCCAUGGCAGCUCUUUCGGGCGCUGCUGCCGGUGGUAUGCAAGCGGUUCUAGCGGCUCCUGCCGAGAACGUCCGCCUCGCGAUUGAAGGUGGAUCAAUCUCGGGUGGAGGAUGGUCUCACGCAUGGAAAGAAGUUUUCCGUGGAACAGGGACUGUUCAUCAUGAUAACAAGCGGCGAAAUAUGGAAGAGAUUCGGCAGGUACGGGAUUGGAUGAAGGAAGUGCGAGACAUGGCCGGCCGUGGAUGGGAUGGGUGGGGUUGGGGUCUAGCAAAAGAUGUGUGUGGCUUUGCUGUCUUUUUCUCUGUCUUUGAAGGUACCCGCCGAUUGGCUUCAAGUCUUAAGACUGUCUCACAGGAUCUUGUGCAAUUUUAUCAGCUCGGAGAUGACGGAGGUCGCACAGUACGACUGCACGCGCCUCGGGUGAUCAACGGACUAGUGCUGGUGUCUGGUGGGGUUGUCGCAGGAUUGACAUACGAAGUCCUUUGUCGUCCUUGGGAUGUUGCUAGAAGGACUGUCUACCUCGAGAAAGUCCACUCCUCUGUGGCCCAUACACCACGGCAUUUUGCCAUCACCGUGCUUGCACAGAAGCUUCGUGACGAUGGGAUCCUAUCUUUCUUCCGAGUCGUCGCGCCUUCCCAUCACCAUCAUAACGCCAACGAAGCUAAGGUUCGCAGACGGAGGACACAUGCUGCAUUGCGGACUGUUGCUCGUGUGGGUCCCUGGGGAGCUGGAUUUUUAGUGUGGGAAGCUUUCGGUCCUGGUAUU